AUGGCGUUCUUAGAAUGGCGUCGCUUUACAUUCUUCGAUGUUCACAAUAAUGUUGAUAAUGGCAAAAUUGCGGAAUGUCUACAGGAUACAACUGUGUCAGCCACCACCAGUGGGCACAAUCACAUAGUCCUAUGUGAUGUAACAGGCUUGGCUCAUAUCAUAUCUCGAUCCUGGGAGAUCCUGUCUAUUAAAGCAUAUGAGUUGACUAUAACACUUGCUCAACAAUUGCCACAUGAUCCUUACCUAGUUACAAUAGGGGAUGAUGAACCAGGUUUGAAUCCAUUAAUCAAAGUGUGGGAUUGGUCACGAAAUGAUAGACAUCCAAACUGCUGCCGAGUGUCCCGUGCAGUUCCCUCUCAUAUGCGCCCCACACCUGCAACUGCUCUAGCAGUGCAUAAUAAGAAUCUUCUGGCGGUCGGUUUUCAAGAUGGCUCAGUGUCGUUAUUCCGUGGCGAUAUCACCAGACAGCGUAGUGGCAAAAUGCGAACAUUGCCAGACUCGGGGACAAGCCCUAUUACAGGAUUAGCUUUCAAGGGCGCGGACAAGCUGUUCGUCGUGAGCCGCACGUGCGCGAUGGUGUACUGGCUGGCGGCGGGCCGCUGCGUCACGCUGGACGCUAUGGGCGCGGCGGCCGGCUGCAGCGUGCUCGCUGACCGCCACGGCCUCACCGUCGCAGCGGCCGACGCGAUAUACUGCUACACCACCGAGGGUAGGGGCCCCUGCUACGCGCUCGCCGGCGAGAAGGUCCGAAUAAACUGGUUCCGCAACUACCUGGUCAUCGUCACGAACGAGACCGGCGCCAAGUCCACCGCCUCCACCAGCAGCGGGCUGGCGCCGAAGCUGCACCACCUGACCAUCCUCGACAUACAGAACAAGUCGAUCGUCUUCUCGAAGACCUUCGCCGAGAUCGACGCGGUGCUGACAGAGUGGGGCUCCUUCUACGUCCUCACGAGGGGCAAGGAGAUGGUGUACCUGGAGGAGAAGGACCUGCAGUCCAAGCUGUCGCUGCUCUUCAAGAAGAACCUCUACGACGUCGCGAUAAGGAUAGCGAGCACCCAGCACUACGACGCCGAGGGAUUGACCGAGAUCUACAAGCAGUACGGCGAUCAUUUGUACAGUAAGGGCGACUUGAAAAGCGCGAUAGACCAGUACGUGAAGACCAUCGGCUGGCUGGAGACCUCGUACGUGAUACGGAAGUACCUCGAGUCGAGGCACCUGGAGUGCCUCGUGCAGUAUCUGGAGGAGCUGCACAAGAAGGGCUUCGCCACGGAGGACCACACCACCCUGCUGCUCACCUGCUACGUGAAGAUCGACCAGCACGACCAGCAGGGCAAGCUCAAGGAGUUCAUCAACUCGAAGGACAAGGCCAUCGACUUCGACGUGGACGUUGCCAUCAAGGUUGUGCGUCAAGUGAGUCCCGACGACGCUCUCUCCUUGGCUGCGAACCACAAACGCCACGACUGGUGCCUGAGGGUCGUUCUAGAAGAUAAAAAAGACUACUAUCAGGCGCUGAACUACAUCGCCGAGCUGGAGUUCGAAGACGCGGACAGGUACAUGAAGAAGUACGGCCACAAGCUGAUACAGCACGAGCCGGAGGAGAGCACCAAGCUGCUGAAACUUCUCUGUACCGAUUACAAGCCUCGCAGCAAGCCAUUAGUGGAUGAGGUAACCUUAUCUGGGGGAGAUAGAGAAUGUGUAAGGGCCGAGCCCGACGACUAUAUCCACAUGUUCCUGUGCAACUCCGAGUGUCUGAUAGAUUUCCUGGAGCACAUGACAUCGGCAACGGGCGCAAAGUGCUCCAGCCUCGUCUACAACACGCUCAUCGAGCAUUACAUACACGUGUGGGCGAAAUUGCCUGAUGUGGACAAGCCCCAAUACGAGCAGAAGAUUUUCAAGGUGCUACAGGACCCCGAGGCGAACUACGACAAGGAUCAGACCCUGAUCAUAUGCCAGAUGCUGGGCUUCAAAUUGGGCAUCCUUCACCUGUACGAGGAGAAGAAAUUAUGGCGCGCUGCGGUGGCGCUGCACCUGCGCGCGGGUGCGCCCGACGCGGCGCUAGUGAUGUGCCGGCGUCGCGGCGCCGCCUGCCCGCAGCUGUGGCGCGACGUGCUUCGCGCCGCGCCGCCCGCGCGCUGCCUGCCCGAGGCGCUGCGCGCCGUAGAUGAGUUUCGAUCUUGCGGCCGCUGCAGAGGGUCGAAAGUUCUAUGUACCGGCCCGCGAACUCGUACGCCGCUUGCGCUGUACGCCGCGGGUGAGUCUCGACCUUGCGGCCGCCGCAGAAGGUCGAAAGUUCUAUGGCCAAUUCUGCGAGCCGAACGCCGCCCGCGCUGCACGCCGCAGAUGAGUUUCGAUCUUGCGGCCGCUGCAGAGGGUCGAAAGUUCUAUGUACCGGCCCGCGAACUCGUACGCCGCUUGCGCUGUACGCCGCGGGUGAGUCUCGACCUUGCGGCCGCCGCAGAAGGUCGAAAGUUCUAUGGCCAAUUCUGCGAGCCGAACGCCGCCCGCGCUGCACGCCGCAGA